CUGUCUCCGUCCGUUUCUUCCCAUCUUCCCCAUCAGCAUGGAGACCAGAGGAUUCUUGGAUAGUCUGGGACGGUAGCAGGGAGCCCCUCCUGCAGGACCCCGCCACAAACCUCUAGACCGGACAUCGGAGCAGAUGGUUCGCUCUUGGGCCCCGAGGCUCUCUCAUAGUCCACCGACCAUUAAAGUAAAAGCUCUAGUCUCUCACAGACAGACUGACGUAGCGAGGUGUGGAGAGAGCAGGCGAGGGAGGGAGCCCUGCAGACCCGCAUUAGAGUCUGCAGUGAGUGAGAGCACCUGGGGCCCGCCCGCGGCCGCUCAUUGGUUGCUUCGCGGUCUCCGGAAUCCCGGCCUGGGAGGGAUGAUGGCGCCACAGCGCCACCUUCCGGGGAAGCCGCGUAAUGCUCUGAGUGUCCGCUGGGGCCGGAUGCCUGAGUCCCGACGCGGGGCACGCCCUUGGCAGGUUUCUUGCCAGCCUCCCGGCGGAGAGCUGAGCUUGGACUGGGGGCCGCCCCCGCGUCCUGCCCGGAGCUCUGAGGUGCAGUCAGGCGCAGAGAGCGAGAGCACAGCGCCGGAGACUGUGGGCGCCGGAGAUGAGACCCAUUGACCUGCAGCUGAGCUUAGGCUGGGCGGGAAAAAGGGGGCAUAGGGAAAGGCUCUGUCUUCCCGCAACCCACAGAAAGCACCGGACUGACCACGGUCACUCCAUACCUAGGUGUCCUCACUUGUCGAUUUCUGAUAGUGCCAUCUUGGAAAAUAGUAUCAGUUACCCUCUUCUGCAAUCCUAUUCCCCUUCCUCACCCCACAUUCACUCUAACUCCAAAUCUGUCGUCUUCCUUCUAAAUCUAUCUCAAAUUCAUUCACUUGUCUUCCCUGCCUCUCUUCUGCGAGACCAGGCCGCCAUCUUGUGACUAGACUCGGGAAUAGCUUCCUAACUGGUUUCCUGGCCUCAGUAAUCUUUUAUGAACAGAAACCUAAACAUGUUACUCCUCUGUUGAAAUCCUUUGGUUAGUAGUUUCCACUGCCCAGGCGCUCCCGGGAAGCACUCUGCCCCCUCCCCUCCCUUUGAUCAUUGCUUGUUGACUUGUCUCCCCCACUAGACUGUGUGCUCUGUGAGGGCAGGGGCUUUGUACAACCAGGGACCAACACCUGAUGCAAUGAUUCAAUAAACAUCUGUUGAAUUAAUAUGAAUUAAUAUGAAAGAUCCCCCCUGAUUCCUCUGUUGCUGGGCCCCUGUCCCCAAACCAGGAUGUAGGGCCCCAGAGUGGCCGUGGGUGAGGACACUCUGUCCCUGGCUGUUCUGGCACUGAUUUCUAUCCCAAACAGGUGUUGCCUCUCUCCUUCCUCUUGGUCAAAUUCUCUUCCACCAAUAUAAGCCCAAACCGGAGGCUGGUGGACAGUCAUGCAUUUUAUGGCAGGCUCUGCAGGUAGCCGGAGUCUUGGGCCCCUGGGCCUCCACAGCAUCCCCCAAGCCCUGUACAUGGUCCUUUUAAUAGUGUCGGUCAUGAAGAGCUUGGUGUUUGGUAAAUUUGAUCUUGUCAAUCAAGAACCCCCUCAUCCAGUUCAGUACCCCAAAUACCUGCGCUGCUAUCGAUGCCUCUUGGAAACCAAGGAGUUGGGGUGCCUUCUGGGAUCUGACAUCUGCCUCGUCCCGCCUGGCAGCAGCUGCAUGACUCUCUUCAUAAAGAAUGGCAGUGGUUCUGACAUCAUGGUGAGUGACUGUCGCCGCAAGGAGCAGCUGAGUGAUUGCUCAUAUACCCACUCUUCUCCGGUGUUUGGCUUCUGGAUAUACUCUCAAUGCUGUUUCCUGGAUUUCUGCAAUAACCCACAGAACAGAGUGUUCUAA